AUGGAUGCAAUUGCAGACACGAUCUUCACAGAUCUUCCCACCACAGAUGAGCUUACCGAAAACCCAUCCCUUCUCACGGUGGUCUUCGAAAUGAGCCCGAACAGUUGGCACUCAAUCAAGGACCAGAUCUCCAUCCAAGAUGCCGUCAAGGCCCUCAUAGUGUUUCUCAACACACAUCUCUCACUCAACAAUAGCAAUCAGGUUGCAUUUCUUGCUGCGCUGCCGACUGGCGCCAGGAUGUUGUAUCCCAACGUGAAAAAGGCCGAUGACAGCCAAGAAACACCGCUAGUGAAAGCGGGCAUGUACCGUCAUUUCCGACUUGUGGAUGACACAAUUCUCCGAGAGAUAAAUCGUGAACUACAGCUGCUACUGGCGACAGAUAGUGAGGCCGGAGCAGAAUCCUCGACGCUCUCAGGAGCACUACUGAUGGCUCUCGCAUACACGAACCGUAUGUUACACAUUGAUCAGUCAAUUUCCACAACCACAGCAUCCGCCAUAAGCUCUACUACCUCCGCGGCUGCGUCGGGCUCUGGCAAUGACCACACACUGGGGUCGAGUCUGCUGCAGACCAAAAUGAGUGCACGUAUUCUUGUAGUAACCGCCAACGACUCCCACGAAAGCAAGUACAUUGCCAUCAUGAACUCGAUCUUCGCUGCUCAGAAAAUGCAGGUGCCCGUAGACGUGGUGAAGUUGGGUGCCCUUGACUCUCCAUAUAUGCAACAGGCCGCCGACGCUACCAACGGCGUCUAUUUGCACAACCGGGAGCCACGAGGGCUAAUUCAGACACUAUCAACUGCAUAUUUCGUGGAGCCAUGUCUACGGUCUCUGAUCAUACUACCCACCAGUGCCAACGUCGACUACAAGGCGAGCUGCUUUGUCACAGGAAAACCUGUCGACAUUGGGUAUGUGUGCUCGGUGUGCUUGUGCAUUUUAAGCACCAUUCCAGAGCUGUCGAAGUGUCCAGUUUGCAAGUCGAAGUUCGACGACAGUAUCGUGGCCAAGCUUCGCCGUGGGCCCGUUUUGGUUCGGAAAAAGCGGAAAAUCGAGGGUGCUGAGAAUGGUUCGGCCGCUGCAUAA